AUGGACCCUGAGGACUCUAGCGGUGGAGGAAAGCUAACUCAGAGGGCUUCAACGACGCGAAGAGCAGGAGAGCAACGACAGAAAGCGCCGGAUUCGGGAGAGCUGGAGGAAAUAAGACAAGUCGCUGGGCAGGGACAAGCAACUAAAAAUACCAAAGCAAACAGCAGAGAGUGGAAUAGAAGAAUUAGCAAAAUAGAGUCUGCCGCCCAUGACUUACUGGAAAUCACAACCCAGAAAUACGGCAUACACCUUUGUCUAUUAUCAGAACCGAGCUACAAAAGAAUAGCCAGUGCUAAAAAAAUUGUAGUGACGGACGAUAAAAAGGAUACUGCUAUAUACUGGAGCGGCAUGAGGAACGUGGUAAUACGAAGAAAAGGAGCAGGAAACGGUUUCUAUCGAUCUAUUGGGCAUAUAUAUAUAUAUAUGAGGGAUGAAGCAACGAUUGAGAUAAAUGAAAGAGACGUAUCCGAAGUAACUCUGGAAGAAAUAACAGAAGCAGGAAACAAAAUAGCAGCAGGGAAAGCACCAGAGUCCGACGGAGUCCCACCGGAAGUAGUCAAGAUGUUGAUCAAAAGGUGGCCAAGGAUAUUACAAAAAUUGGCGAAUGACAUACUGCGGAGAGGAAAAUUCCCGGAUAUAUGGAAGGAAGCAAACUUAGUCCUGAUUCCAAAACCCGGAAAUAAGACAGGUCCUACGGCAUUUCGACCAAUCUGUCUUCUAAAUACAGCAGCAAAAGCUAUUGAACGCAUAAUAGUAAACAGACUGAACAAGGAGAUUGAACA